ACCGAGUUUAAUAUCCCCACUGUGCAAGCAGUGUGACUCGUAUUUGUUUCAUUUAAAGUUUAUAAAAUAUACGAAAAUGGCGCUAAGUGCUCCUGCCUGUAAGGAUACACAGGACUUUCAAUUUAAAGUGCAUAACAAGUAUGCGGCGUUCAAAAAAUGCGGCGAGCCCCGCAGCAAUGUAAAUCUUCUGGCGAUUUCCUGCAGCCGCGGCUUGCUCUUUGCCGGCAACCCGACGCAGCCGGAACUUAAGGUGGCCAUCCUCAAGGGUUUGGCCAAUUCCAACAAGUCGCUCGGCGAGCAGCCGCAGGCGAGGAGUGUACCCCUACCCAGCGUGCCCAACUAUAUCUCCUGCAGUGCCGAUGGCACUCUGCUGGCGGUUAACCUGACACAGAAUGGCACUGGCCUGCUCAACAUUUACUCGGUGCCGACAUUCUUGGCCGCGGAUGUGAAUCUCGUCUACAGCAUUCGCCUGGCCAGCGAGGACUAUAUACAUGCCGUGCAGCUGCUGUGGAAUCCGGUCUUGCCCGGAAGUCUGGCCGUAGUGCUGAGCAACGGUGCCCUCGGCAUGUACACCCUGAAGGAGGGGGACACCUUCGAGAUGCAUUCGCUGGACAAGAGUCAGCAAGUGAAGUGUGGCUGUUGGUCACCCAAGGGAAAGCAAAUUGUCCUGGGUUUUCCCGGUGGCAAGAUACAGCAGUUCAAGCCGGAUCUUACGCCAGCAAAGACACUGGUGUGUCCACCCAACAUCCACGAUGCUCCGUUCGACACCAUCGCCAUUCAGUGGCUCUCGACGUUCCAGUUCGCAGUGGUCUUCCUGCAGCAUGGCGAGGACUGCAGUCCCGCCCUGUACAUAUUGAAUGCCCCCAAGGGGGGAUCGCCCAGCUAUACCAACUACUACGACAUCUGCUACAGUCUCAACGGGCCACGGAAUCAUCAGUUUUUCUUUAACCAUAUGGCCCAGUGGAAUUUGCUUCUGGUGACAUCGGCCAAUGGCGUGGAAGUAGGUAUAAUGGGUACCUUCGAGUCUGGAGACACCCCCGUCUGGCAGCAGUUUACCCUUAUGGAUGAGGCGAGGAUCGAGCUGCCUCUGAGUGAGGGCACCCAAGAGGAAACCUUCCCCCUCGGGUCUGUCUACGACACAUCCUCCACGCACCAACUGACAAUCAACGAGCAGAAGCUCCCCACUAUGCCCAUGGUGCAUGUCUUAGGCACCGACGGCACCCUUCUAUCGUUUAACUUCCUGAAUCUACUCCAAGGUGCCCCCUCUGUGUGCUCUCCGCCAGUGUUUGACAGUUCGGGACAGUUCCGCCCCCUGGACACGCUAAUGCCAGCGGAGGAAAAGGAGGCGGCCACAACACCGCCAGAAAAGGAGUCGACUCAGUCCGUUCCCACGGACAUGUCCUUUGCCUUCUCCCCGAACACGGUGACAUCGACUCCAGCUCCUGCUAAGGACAAGCCGUCCUCGCUGUUCUCCGGCUUCGCUGCAUCCGCAGCAAGUACUCCAUUUGGAGUUGCUUCAAUUGCUGCUCCCACCGCGACAGUAGCGAGUACCGCCUCGGCAUUCGGUGGGUUUGGUGCGGCCACGACGACUCCAGCCUUAGGAUCCAUAUUUUCCGCGCCAGGAGCGACCGCUUUUGGUGGUCUGGCUUUGGGUAAAUCCAACGCAAUGCCAGUGAAUGUGGCCAGUGCUCCUCUCGCCGUGCCACCGUCUGCAGCUGCUGCGCCCUUAAACAAGCCCCUCUACACAGUUCCGCACACAUUUACGCCAGUGGCAACAAAGCAGCAACCGGCAGCGGUUUCCGUGUCCGUUGCAUCCAGACAGUCGCUGGAUAACACGGAGUCCAUCGUUAGGAACAUGAUAGCCUUACAGAUCGAAGCCUUCAACCAGGACAUACAGCAGCAGAAGGGACUCACCACGGAGCUGCUCAGCACCAUUGCAGCUCCCUCGGCUCUCAAAAAGUAUGCCAAGCGCUUGGACGACCUCGAGGAGCUGAACGAGCAGGCCAAGGACGUGGAGUUCGAGUUGGAUGUGCAAGGACUGCGCCAGGGUCUAAAUGAGGCCUACGCCAUAGUGGCCGAGUGCCGUGGCAAACUGGAGGUCUACGAGAAGCCCGACAUAACGCGGCUGAUGAAUUCGAGUUCCUACGAUCCUGCUGGGCGGCGCAUGCUGGCUCGUCUCCGGAGCUACGUGGCGGCCAACGAGGCGCAACUUCGUCUGGCCGAGCAGCAAUUGGAUCUGCAGUGGGACCAGGUCCAAGAUGUGUUGCGGCGCAAAACCAAGUCGAGCAUGCAUAUACCGCACCUGGAGGGGAUCUACCAGCAACUGACGCGGCUCCAGAACCUUGUCUCUGACCAGAGGAUGAUGCAGAACAGGAUCAAGGCCAAGCUCAAGGAGCAUGGCCUGCUCCAGGCCGCACUUCUCGACCAGGACAAGAGUCGCACUCGCACCAAUGAGGCUGUAGAAACCUUAGCUGACUCGAUUCUCUCGAUGAGUCUUAGUCAGACUGUCGACACGAAUGCCGCCAAGCUCACACAGCACAAGCUCCGCCAGAUCCGAAACGUGGUGCAGCUGCAAAAGGUCAGCAUCAUUAGUCCCCAGCGUCCAGAUCGUGUGGGGCUCAAGUCCGAAGUUAUACUCGAGACCAAGCGCAAGGCAGAGAUAUUGAAAAAGGCCGCCGCAAAGGCAACUACUGCCAACAAGGCCACCCAGGUGGCGGCACCGACACCGGCACCGGCAGCCGCUGCUCCUGUUGCGCCCCAACUACCAAAACCAACAGCAUCCAAGCCCGCGGCCAGCAUCCCGGCCCUCAGUGCUGCACCCAUCGGAACGCCAUUCGCCUUCAGCCAGAGCAGUCCGUUUGUGAAGACUUCGAAUGUGACCACGACAACCACCACGGUAAGCUCUGGAGAGGCUCCAAAGCCGGCUGUCUCUUUGUUCGGAGGGCCAAGUAGGUCCGGCUUGAGCUUUGGACUGGUAGGAGGUGGUCUUUCGUUUGGGGGACUUUCUGCAGCGGAUAAUUCAACUGGGGCCAAGCCGUUCCUGUUUGGAGGAUUUGGGAUUAGAAAGGAGGCCACAGCAAAGCCGGCUCCUGAGCCAGCAAAGGCACAGGAGCCCCUAGCGAGGGAUACUACACCUUUUACUGCAGAGGUGGAGCCAGCGAAGGCACCGGAAACCCCAAAAGCAGAGACUGCUGGCAAAUCCUUCUGCUUCACAGGAUUCGGAGGAACUGGCACUCCCAGCUCCACGUUUAGCUUCGGAGGUCUGGGCUCUUCCCUGGGUUUUGGCGGCGUAGCAAAGACCGAUUCCAACGCCGCAGUGACGUCAUCAGCUUCUGGCGUUCCCCGUGGCUUGUUCGCCGCAGCUGCAGCUGCACCGAAGCCUAACGAAGGUGACACAGCGGUGACGAGCAACAGCCUCACCACCAAGCCAACGGUCGCCACCCUGACUGCCGCUGCCGCUCCACCGUUGCCAACAAACAACAGCGGCGUGACCAGUACCGCCCCCAGCAGCUCUGAUUCCCUUGGAGGGCUUUUCGGAUCUGUCAAUAUAUGCAAGCCACAAAUCAAGGAAUCCUCCGGCGCUUCUGGACAGCCUGCAAAUAUCUUUGACAGUGGCUUCUCAUUUGGGGGACGAGGUGGAGAUGAACCGAAGGGAUUAUUUGCGACCAUCACUCCAGCCACAACAGCAACAGCAACGGCAAAAGAAACUCCUGCAACCGCAGCACCAACUACGAUAAAAAUGGAGCCAGUGAGCACCACAGCCGCAACAACUACAGCACCUGCACCAGCUGCAUCGGCUGCUCCGGCAACAACCACUUCACCGGCCGCUGCUCCGACAGUAGUGGUUGCGGUUCCUCCGAACACGACUUCAGCUGCAGCGCCAGCAGUCUCUUCGACUGUGACCUGGAGCACAGCGGUGCCAGGCAGUACAUUCUCCUUCUCCAAUGCAUUCAGCAGCCUCAGCACCGCUCCGGCCGCCCCCGCCCCCGUCACAGCCACCAGCUCCAGUGCCUCUACAGUGAGCAAUUCAUCGUCUUCGGUGUUUGGAGGAUCCUUUACAGUAGCACCAGCAACAACAGCGGCACCUGUAGCCAGCAAUCCAUUCCUGGCAUCGACAACGGCUUCAGCAGCAACCUCCACGAACCUUUUUGGAAAUGUGGCCAAGUCCGAGACCAGCGUGUUUGGAGGUGCACCUGGAACCAAUCCCACUCCUGCUGCAGCUGCUUCCCCACCCAGUGGCCUCUUUGCUGCAGCAGCUAUCAGUAAUCCGGCGCCUUUUGGCAGCCCUCCACCGGGAACGGCCGCCUCCGGGGGCAACAUAUUUAGACAGGCCAACAAACCAAGUGUUUUCGGUCAGCCGUCUGCAGGAGCAAGCGGCGGUACGUCUAUUUUUGGAGGGUCAUCCGGCUCUCCAUUUGGAUCGACCUCCAUUUUUGGCGGAAGCAAUGCGCAAAGCCCUGCCAAUGUACCCACUGCCGGAAGUACAUCCAUAUUCGGUCAGAACGUCUUUGGGCAACCGGCGGCACAAACAGCGACGCCAGUGGCAGGCGGUAAUAUAUUUGCAAGUCCUGAGAGCGCCAGCCAACAACCGCAACCCUCUGCUUUUGGUGGAGGCGGAUCUAUUUUUGGCGGACCGGCGGCGACAAGUUCUUCGCCUGCUUCUGGUGGAUCAAUCUUUGGCGGUGGCAGCAGCUCUGGAUUUGGUUCAUUCUCCCAGACUGCCCCUUCUCCUGGAGGCUUUGGCAGUGGCUUUGCUCAGGGCGCCGGAUCGUCAGUGGCCCAAUCCGGCUUUGGAUCACCCCAAACGCCACAGCAGGCUGCUCCGGGUGGAUUUGGAGCCAAGCCCGUAUUCGGUGGCUCUCCAGCCUUCGGGGCCAGUCCCACCUUUGGGGGAGGCGCAACGUUUGGCAGUCCCAAGGGAUUUGGCGGCUUUGGAGCCAGCCCUAACGUAGCCGCACCACCAGCCUUCGGAGCCCCUGCAAAACCGGCCGGCGGCAACAUCUUCGACACCUUGGGUGGUCAGGACUCUGGCUUGUCCUUUGGCAAUCUGGCCCAGACCGGCAGCCCCAAUGCCCAGAAGCCAGCUUUUGGCGGAUCGAGUUUUAUGAAUUAUCGUUGAAUUUAUGUCCUGUCUCGUCCAAUUACUUGAUUUGUUCUUCCCGUUACGAUUAGAAUAUAACUUUACCAAUUAAGUCCUAAUUACAUGUAAAUUCUUAAAUAUAUUUCAGCACAAAAUUAUAAUUCAUAUAACCAUA